GCCCGCCGCGCUGUCGCGACUGCGCAGUGGGAGCCGGGGGACGCGGGCCAUGGCAGCCUGGCGGACCCUGGGCAAAAGCCGUCGCGCUCCUCUGAGCCGCGCCUUCUCCGACUGCGGCUGUCGGCUCGCCCCCGAGCGCGGCGCCGAGUGCAGGGAUGCGGCGCCCGGCCGGAAGCCGAGAAAAACGCUGCCUAGAGCAAAGCCGCCAUCUUCCGUCUCCCCAGGAUCAUUCUUUAUUAAGACAUUUUACCAGGACUCGACGUUGACACCUCUUUCUUCUUUGGAAACUGCGCUCAUGCGCGUGAUCCUGGCCAGAGUCGCCGAGGCCCGCGCCCGUCAGGCGGGCUCCGCCUCCGGGUUCCGCCCCCCGAGCAAGUCUCACCGUGACUGGAUCGGACCGCCAGACAAGCUGUCCAACCUGCGGCCCGUCCACUUUUACAUCCCCGAAGACGAAUCGGCCGCGGAACAGAAGCUCAGAGAAUUAAGACAAGAAACCCAGGAGUGGAACCAGCGGUUCUGGGCGAACCAGAACGUGACCUUUCGCAAGGAAAAGGAAGAGUUCAUUCACUCGCGACUGAAAGCUAAAGGCCUGGGACUGAGAGCGGAGUCAGGUCAGAAAGUGACAUUGAGUGCUGAAGAAAUGGCCGACUUCUACAAGGAGUUUCUAAGCAAGAAUUUCCAGAAGCACAUGUAUUACAACAGGGACUGGUACAGGCGCAACUUCACCAUCACCUUCUUCAUGGGCAGGGUGGCGCUGGCGCGGCUCUGGAGCAAGCUGAGCCCGGGGCGGAAGACGGCCAGCAGAUAGGGGCCCGCCCGCUGCCCGCACCCCAGGCCCCCCCGGGAGCUGAGGCGGGGCCUGAAAGCCUGUGAACGACCUGAGUCCCGCCCCUUCUCCCUGGGGCCCUGGGCUCCUGCCGCCGCAGGGCCACCGCAGGGGCGCCGCUGGGAGGAGGCGGGGCCUGGUGCACCGGGGCCACAGGGCCCAUCCUGCCUGGACUGCCAGCCGGCCCUUGGCCACAGAAGGGACACGAUACCAACUUGAAGUGGAGGAAUAUGGAAACGCCAAUAAAACGUCACCUGGAAA